AAGAGGAAUGGCACAGAUGAGGAAGUCGGGAUGUGACGGGAUAAGGACUAACUCCCGGGCUGAGCUGCGGGUCCCACAAAUGUCGGCGAGACAAGAGAUCCUCACCAGCCUAGUGUCUGCGCUGGAAUCAGUGGUAGGACCACUCACACACACACGUUAUUAGUUUGGCCACGGAAAAAACAUAUGAAAGAUUGGUUAGUCAGGCAGUGUUAUUUAAAUGACUCCUUACAAAAACAAAUUGGGCAAUUCCACGGGAGCUGAAAAUAUUUUUGGUAUUUCGGAUUGUUCUGGCAAUUCUCACAUAGAAACUUCAUUGGGAGGAUGGAUCAUGAAAAUCAUGAUGAAAGUGGCCAUUUUAUGCUCUUUUUAGACCUACGCAUGCCUCCUGUAAGACCCUAUGAUCUGUGAACUGUACAUGAUACAGACAACAUCUUGGUGUCAUUAUAUUCCUUAUAGUGUUCACACAAAUAUGGAGUAUGUCUUGAUUCCAAAAUAAAAUGUCACAUUCAUUUAUUCAACAUUAAAAAUAUUACUAUUAAUAUCUCAAAACUACCCUUUUUGAUUUUGUUCAUUUUAAGACAUUGCUUAGAACAAAAUACUUUACAAUUACAUCACAUUUCCAGUGGGCUCUCUGCUAAUUCUGAAGGUAUGCUACAUUUUAUGAGCACCACCAACACAGUGAAUGGGAAAAUAGAUUCAAAGGGAACUCCCACUGCUGGUGACUUGCUGAAUGUGCAAUCCUAAAGGAGGGCUGUGAUUGGUGUUAAUGUUAAUUUCUAUGUAUAAAAUGGGUCAUAUCAUGAAAGGGUAAUUACCCCAACCCCAAAUUCAGCCUUUGCCCAACCCCUUAAAAAAAAAGAAAUGCAGUCAGGUGAGAAGUUGUGGGUGGGGGGAAUUGCUCAUUAAUAUUAAUUUUGGGGGUGGGUAAACAGUUGUACCUGAUCCCAACACUUUCUCACUAAAGCAUACUUACUAGAAGUCCACUGGCACGCUCUGAUAAUAAAAUGAUGUGCAUCGCGAGCAGUUACGGCUCUGGACAGUUAGCUCACAGUGGUAAGAUACCGACCGAGUUUCUGACAUUACAUUUUCAUCUUGGCAGACGCUCUUAACCAGAGCGACUUACAGGAGCAAUUAGUGUUAAGUGCUUUGCUCAAGGGCACAUCGACAGAUUUCUCAUCUAGUCUGCUUGGGUAUUCAAACCUGCAACCUUUCGGUUACUGGCCCAACUGACUUAACCGCUAGGCUAGCUGCCGCCCCAUCUAUUGCCACUUGCAGUGUAAGUUCGAAUCCCCCAUGGGGCACAAAAUAAAUCUUUGAAAUGUGUAUUUUUGGUAUUGUGUUGGGAAGAAAAGUGCAAUCAUCACCUUGAAUAUUAGGGGUUCAAUUCAAUCCAGCCCACAUUGCAGUAUUUAUGCAGUAGUUAUUUUUUCAAUGGUCAAAUUAACUCACAGGUAGGUUUUGGGUGCUGUAUAAAAACCUACAACUGCUACCAAGGUGACCCCUCUCACAUGUAUGCUUUCACUUUUUAGAAGUGUGUGGGCACUGGAUGAAUAUUGUAAAUAAGGGAUUCUAAAUACCUGCCCCAUGUGGGAUUAGAAUUUACAACCAUUGAACUAUGAGCCAACUGUCUUAGUGGACUGUGCCACCAAUCAGUAAUAGUGGUUGGGAAAAAAUUCAACAAGUUGACAUGACCACCAUUGUCAUCUAUUUCUUGUUACGAUGGAUGUAGCUACGAAUAUAAACGUAGAACCCUCAUAGCCUACAUGUUUUUUCCUUCUUCAUAAAAGCACCAAUGUAUAUGAAACAGUAAGCAAAAACAUAGAAUUUGGUCAUAUGCGGAAAUGUGCCUUACUCUCCACUUACCAGGACCAUUGCCAAAUAAGGCACGCUGUCACCUGCUUUUAUAGUAAGCCUUGAGGUGGUACCACCCAGAAGAGAGUGUAUUUCAUACCGAACCCCUCCCUUGAGAUGAUGUAGAGGGACCUUUUCAAGGUGCCUCUACAUCAUGAUUUCAAUGGUAGAGUUGAACCGCUAGGGGCAAAAUGAGCUAGAUUUACUACUAAAAGACCAAAAUAUAUCACUUUUGUAACGAACUGUCAAAAUGAAGAACAGAAUUGAUGUGUUCAGUGAAAACAUGUUUUUUCCAUGAAAGUUACUCUUUUAAAAUACCAGUCGAAAAAUAAGCAAUAUCAAAAAGGGUAGUUUUGAGAUAUUAAUAUUUUUUAUGUUGAAUAAAUGAAUGUGAUUUUUGGGGGGGGUAUCUAGACAUACUCCAUAUUUGAGAGAACACUAUAAGGAGUAUAAUGACACCAAGAUGUUGGGUGUGUUCGUAAAUUCAAUCUGGAGUGCCAGAGAGCGCUCAGAUUGUGCUCUGGGUAGAGCGUUGUCAGGUUGUCUGUUUGUAAAUUCAGAGCGUUUUGCUCUCAGAGCAUUCAGAGCGCACACUGGACGCUCUGGCCGAGGAGUAGGGUUGAUCCGAACAUUCUGACCUCAAUACGGCAGUCAAGCACCCAAGCUAACUGGCUAACGUUGGCUAACUUGCUAGCUACUUCCAGACACAAAUGAGAGGAUACCUCACUCUGACAAUUUUACUCGCCCUUGCAGAGCUGGUUAGGCUGUUUUCAUGUUAUCCAGAGCGUUGGUGACUGUAACUGUGCUCCUGGCAACAAUUUAAUUACGCUUUUUUGCAGACGUUUACCGACAUAUUGAACGGAUGUUGAGCGUUCGGAAAUUAAUCAGUCAUUCUGCGCUCUGGCACACUCAGACGAGAGUGCUCUAAAAUCGGAGUAGAUGGCCACAGUGAAUUUACGAACGCACCCGUUGUCUGUAUCAUGUACAGUUCACAGAUCAUAGGGUUUUACAGGAGGCAUGUAUAGGUCUAAAAAGAGCCUAAAAUAGCCAAUUUCAUCAUGAUUUAUUUGUUAAACAUACUUCCGCCCAAUGUAGUUCCUAUGUGAGUAUUGCCAGAACAAUCUGAGAUGCCAAAAAUAUUUUCCGCUGGCAUGGAAUCAAUACAUUUUCCUGUGGCCUGGUGUGUUCUGCCAACAUGGGUUUGAAUCCGAUCCACUGUUCUUUCAACAUUCUCUCUCCUACCUUUCACCUCUAUCUCUCUCUAUCCAAUAAAUAUACAAAAUGCUAUAUAUAUAUAUAUAUAUAUAUAUACACAGUUGAAGUCGGAAGUUUACAUACACUUAGGUUGGAGUCAUUAAAACUCGUUUUUCAGCCACUCCACACAUUUCUUGUUAACAAACUAUACUUUUGGCCAGUCGGUUAGGACAUCUACUUUGUGCAUGACACAAGUAAUUUUUCCAACAAUUGUUUACAGACAGAUUCUUUCACUUAUAAUUCACUGUAUCACAAUUCCAGUGGGUCAGAAGUUUACAUACACUAAGUUGACGGUGCCUUUAAACAGUUUGGGAAAUUCCAGAAAAUGAUGUCAUGGCUUUAGAAGCUUCUGAUAGGCUAAUUGACAUGAUUUGAGUCAAUUGGAGGUGUACCUAUGGAUGUAUUUCAAGGCCUACCUUCAAACUCAGUGCCUCUUUGCUUGACAUCAUGGGAAAAUAAAAAUAAAUCAGCCAAGACCUCAGAAAAAAAAUUGUAGACCGCCACAAGUCUGGUUCAUCCUUGGGAGCAAUUUCCAAACGCCUGAAGGUACCACGUUCAUCUGUACAAACAAUAGUACGCAAGUAUAAACACCAUGGGACCACGCAGCUGUCAUACCGCUCAGAAAGGAGACGCGAUCUGUCUCCUAGAGAUGAACGUACUUUGGUGCGAAAAAUGCAAAUCAAUCCCAGAACAACAGCGAAGGAUGCUGGAGGAAACAGGUGCAAAAGUAUCUAUAUCCACAGUAAAACGAGUCCUAUGUCGACAUAACCUGAAAGGCCGCUCAGCAAGGAAGAAGCCACUGCUCCAAAACCGCCAUUAAAAAAGCCAGACUACGGUUUGCAACUGCACAUGGGGACAAAGAUCGUACUUUUUGGAGAAAUGUCCCCUGGUCUGGUGAAACAAAAAUAGAACUGUUUGGUCAUAAUGACCAUCGUUAUGUUUGGAGGAAAAAGGGGGAUGCUUGCUACAGAACACCAUCCCAACCAUGAAGCACGGGGGUGGCAGCAUCAUGCUGUGGGGGUGCUUUGCUGCAGGAGGGACUGGUGCACUUCACAAAAUAGAUGGCAUCAUGAGGAAGGAAAAUGAUGUGGAUAUAUUGAAGCAAUAUCUCAAGACAUCAGUCAGGAAGUUAAAGCUUGGUCGCAAAUGGGUCUUCCAAAUCGACAAUGACCCCAAGCAUACUUCCAAAGUUGUGGAAAAUGGCUUAAGGACAACAAAGUCAAGGUAUUGGAGUGGCCAUCACAAAGCCCUGACCUCAAUCCUAUAGAAAAUGUGUGGGCAGAACUGAAAAAGCGUGUGCGAGCAAGGAGGCCUACAAACCUGACUCAGUUACACCAGCUCUGUCAGGAGGAAUGGGCCUACAUUCACCCAACUUAUUGUGGGAAGCUUGUGGAAGGUUUGACCAAAGUUAAACAAUUUAAAGGAAAUGCUACCAAAUACUAAUUGAGUGGAUGUAAACUUUUGACCCACUGGGGAUGUGAUGAAAUAAAUAAAAGCUGAGAUAAAUCAUUCUCUCUACUAUUAUUCUGACAUUUCACAUUCUUAAAAUAAAGUGGUGAUCCUAACUGACCUAAGACAUGGGAUUUCUAUUAGGAUUAAAUGUCAGGAAUUGUGAAAAACUGAGUUUAAAUGUAUUUGGCUAAGGUGUAUGUAAACUUCCGACUUCAACUGUAUAUAUAUAUACAUAUACUGUGCUAUGAAAAAGUAUUUGCCCCCUUUCUAAUUUUGUCCACUUUUGCAUAUUUGUGAUACUGAAUGUUAUCAGAUCUUCAACCAAAACCUAAUAUUAGAUAAAGGGAACAUAAGUGGACAAAUAACACAACAAUUACAUAUUUAUUUCAUAAACAAAGUUAUGCAACACCCAAUUCCCCUGUGUGAAAAGGUAAUUGCCCCCUUACACUAAAUAACUGGUUGUGCCACCUUUAGCUGCAAUGACUCCAACCAAAUACUUCCUGUAGUUGUUGAUCAGUCUCUCACGUCGCUGUGGAGGAAUUUUGGCCCACUCUUCCAUGCAGAACUGCUUUAACUCAUUGACGUGUGGGUUUUCAAGCAUGAACUGCUCGUUUUCAAGUCCUGCCACAACAUCUCAAUUGGGAUUAGGUCUGGACUUUGACUAGGCCUUUCCAAAACUUCCAAUUUGUUGCUUUUUAGCAAUGUUCAUGUAGACUUGAUUGUGUGUUUUGGAUCAUUGUCUUGCUGCAUGACCCAGCUGCACUUCAGCUUCAGCUCACAGACGGAUGGUCUGACAUUCUCCUGUAUAAUUCUCUGAUACAGAGCAGAAUUCAUGGUUCCUUCUAUUAAGGAAAGUCGUCCAGAUCCUGAGGCAGCAAAGCAUCCCCAAACCAUCACACCACCACCACCAUGCUUGACCUUUGGUAUGAUGGUUUUCGCCAGGCAUUACUGGAACCAUGUCGUCCAAAAAGUUAUACUUUUGAAUAAUCUGUCCAUAGAACGUUCUUCCAAGAGUCUUGAUGAUCAUCCAGGUGCUUUUUGGCAAACUUGAGUCAACUUUUUGGACGAGAUGGGUCCCAUUAUGCCUGGCGAAAACGAAACACUGCAUUCCACAGUAAGAACAUCAUAUCAAAGGUCAAGCAUGGUGGUGGUGGUGUGAUGGUUUGGGGAUGCUUUGCUGCCUCAGGACCUGGAAGAAGAGUAAUUGAAUUGAACAAUAUUCUAAAUGUUGAUUAAGUGUACUUUGACCCACAGCAAAUGUUUUAAGCUGUGUUCGAAUACUCAUACUAACUGUACUAUUUGUGACGUAAAUUGAGUAUGUAGUAUGCUUAUUGGUCAUAUUAUGGAUAUAGGUAGUAUGCCAAAAAUCGUACUACAUUUGCCAAAAUACGAAGUAUACAAGCAGUGGACACUUUCCGUGUUAUAUUGCAAUUCUUCCGAAAAUGCGCGUGGCUUCACAAAACUUUCAGAUUUGAAGAAAAUGGAGGAAAAUAUGCAGCCGAAGUCCGACGAGAGCGGAUUCAAAUUCAUCGCUUUAACUAAUUGUUACAAAUGUUAAGAAAAUGUUGAGCAAUGGUAAUGACUUUUCAAAUAAGUUACACAUUAUGUUGGCUGACAAUUUGUUAGCUACGCUAGCCUUACGAACCGCAUAGCAUAUCAUUACAGCAGUUGCUUGUAUGUUAGCUAGCUACCUAAUGUUAGUUGGCUACUAAUACAUCGAACUUGCCAGUAUAUUAACUAUAAUAAUAAUAAUAAUAAUAAUAAUAACUAUAUGCUAUCUAACUAACUACCCUACGUUUAUUGACUUGAUUAUUCACAUCAUUCUUGGCUUAGUUAAGUUGUAUAGUCGUUGUACGUUCUCAAUGGACAUUGUUAAUGAAGUCGUAAGAUGUCUAGCUAGUAAUUUGUUAGCUAUGUUAACAAGCUAGCAAGAAGUUACAUAGCAACAACAACCACUUCCGGUAGAGAGGCAAAGCGCUAGUACACUCAACUGAAAGGAUACCGUUCGUUAAUAGUAUACUAAAAUUAACUAAUAGUAUGUAGUAUAUACUCGUUAAGUAUGUAAUAUACAGUAUGUUAGUAUGGGUAUUCGAACACAGCUUUAGUCUUGCUUGAGAGGUGACCUAUGACCUUGUCUUUUAACCUGUUUUCCAGUGUACGGCCAUGUCAAAGCUUAACGCCCAAGUGGCUUGCAUCACCGUGCACGAGGACAGCGUGAUCGCCGUGGGAACAGAGAAGGGAAGAGCCUUCCUCAAUUCACAGAUGGAAAUACAAACAGACUUCCACAAGUUUUGCAGUGAGUGCUUCGCUAUGUACUGGCCAAAAAUGCUGAAUCGGGUAUAAUUUGCCCAAAUCACAUAACACGAUUAGUGUAGAUUUUUCACUUGGAGCAAAAACGCUACAACAUUUUGCUCACAGAUCCUGCUUUUGUCUUGGAGUUGAACUUAGUUUUGUUUUUAUCUGAGCCUAUAAAGGUUUUGAAUGAAUAAAAUAAGAUGAUCUCUAGUUUUACAUUUGAGUCAUUUAGCAUUUGCUCUUAUCCAGAGUGUAGAACCAUUUUUAUUGUUUGUAUAUCUGUAAUGUAUCUGUAUCCAUGUAUCUGUAUACUGAAUGUAUCUAUAUAAAAAAAUAAAAAUGGGGACCACAGUAGAAAUACAGUGGGGGAAAAAAGUAUUUAGUCAGCCACCAAUUGUGCAAGUUCUCCCACUUAAAAAGAUGAGAGAGGCCUGUAAUUUUCAUCAUAGGUACACGUCAACUAUGACAGACAAAAUGAGAGAGAAAAAUCCAGAAAAUCACCUUGUAGGAUUUUUAAUGAUUUUAUUUGCAAACUAUGGUGGAAAAUAAGUAUUUGGUCACCUACAAACAAGCACGAUUUCUGGCUCUCACAGACCUGUAACUUCUUCUUUAAGAGGCUCCUCUGUCCUCCACUCAUUACCUGUAUUAAUGGCACCUGUUUGAACUUGUUAUCAGUAUAAAAGACACCUGUCCACAACCUCAAACAGUCACACUCCAAACUCCACUAUGGCCAAGACCAAAGAGCUGUCAAAGGACACCAGAAACAAAAUUGUAGACAUGCACCAGGCUGGGAAGACUGAAUAUGCAAUAGGUAAGCAGCUUGGUUUGAAGAAAUCAACUGUGGGAGCAAUUAUUAGGAAAUGGAAGACAUACAAGACCACUGAUAAUCUCCCUCGAUCUGGGGCUCCACGCAAGAUCUCACCCCGUGGGGUCAAAAUGAUCACAAGAACGGUGAGCAAAAAUCCCAGAACCACACGGGGGGACCUAGUGAAUGACCUGCAGAAAGCUGGGACCAAAGUAACAAAGCCUACCAUCAGUAACACACUACGCCGCCAGGGACUCAAAUCCUGCAGUGCCAGACGUGUCCCCCUGCUUAAGCCAGUACAUGUCCAGGCCCGUCUGAAGUUUGCUAGAGUGCAUUUGGAUGAUCCAGAAGAGGAUUGGGAGAAUGUCAUAUGGUCAGAUGAAACCAAAAUAUAACUUUUUGGUAAAAACUCAACUCGUCGUGUUUGGAGGACAAAGAAUGCUGAGUUGCAUCCAAAGAACACCAUACCUACUGUGAAGCAUGGGGGUGGAAACAUCAUGUUUUGGGGCUGUUUUUCUGCAAAGGGACCAGGACGACUGAUCCGUGUAAAGGAAAGAAUGAAUGGGGCCAUGUAUCGUGAGAUUUUGAGUGAAAACCUCCUUCCAUCAGCAAGGGCAUUGAAGAUGAAACGUGGCUGGGUCUUUCAGCAUGACAAUGAUCCCAAACACACCGCCCGGGCAACGAAGGAGUGGCUUCGUAAGAAGCAUUUCAAGGUCCUGGAGUGGCCUAGCCAGUCUCCAGAUCUCAACCCCAUAGAAAAUCUUUGGAGGGAGUUGAAAGUCUGUGUUGCCCUGCGACAGCCCCAAAACAUCACUGAUCUAGAGGAGAUCUGCAUGGAGGAUUGGGCCAAAAUACCAGCAACAGUGUGUGAAAACCUUGUGAAGACUUACAGAAAACGUUUGACCUGUGUCAUUGCCAACAAAGGGUAUAUAACAAAGUAUUGAGAAACUUUUGUUAUUGACCAAAUACUUAUUUUCCACCAUAAUUUGCAAAUAAAUUCAUUAAAAAUCCUACAAUGUGAUUUUCUGGAUUAUUUUUUCUCAUUUUGUCUGUCAUAGUUGACGUGAACCUAUGAUGAAAAUUACAGGCCUCUCUCAUCUUUUUAAGUGGGAGAACAUGCACAAUUGGUGGCUGACUAAAUACUUUUUUUCCCAACUGUAAGUCCCUGACUUUAUUGUGCAAUCCCGGUCAAGUAAAAAAAAAAUCUAUGUACUGUGCAAAUAUGUAUUUUUUUUUACUGAUAAAUAAAUCUAUCAAUCAAUUCUAAAGCAAGUGAGAACCAGAAUAGCCCAACUUUGAGUGAAACUGACAAGGUGAAAAGUAGAGAUGUUUCUCAUUCUUGAUUCUUUCAGGGGUGCCCUGUCUACAAGGGCUGACCACAGUGAAUGCCCAUGCCAAAGUCCAGGAGAGUGAAUCCAGCAAGCUUGGCAAAGAGGGCGGGCACGGCAAACAAAGGGCGUCAACAGAUGCCCACUCUAACAUCUUUGUCUUGAGGAAAAUGGUGGAGGAAGUCUUCAGUGUGCUUUACAGUAAGAGCUUUAACAUAACUCACCAAACAAAUAUAUGUUUAUAGGCCUGCGCUAUCGGAAUUCUUUUAUUUUCUCAUUUAACUUCCUAAUUUCUACCUUCUCAUAACUAAAAUCAAAUGUCAAACACAUGAUUGAAUGUUGAUAUUUACAGUCAUUUGACAUGCAACAAAGUUUCAGAUGAAACGUUCCUUUUCUAAUCUCUACCUUCUCAUAACUGAAAACCUAUUUCUGACACGUGAUUGAAUGUUGUCUACAUUGUCAAAUCAAAUCAAACUUUAUUUAUCUCGUGUACAGGAUGCAACAGGUGUAAAACAGUCCAGCGAAAUGCUUACUUACAAGCUGUUUCUCAGCAUUGCAGUGUUCAAAUAUUAGGUCAGAUGUAAAAAACUAAAACAAAUGUAAGAAUCAAAACACACGAGAAGUAAAAGAAACACACGAGAAUGUACGCUAUAUACAGUGGGCUCCAAAAUUACUGGCACCCCUGACUGGCAAUGCACAAACAAUACUUUAUAAUUAUAUUGUUUGUAUUUUUUUUAGAUAAACUCAAAAUACCAACAUGUGAGAAAUACUGUACUAUAUUAAUGUUCCAAUGGAACCCACCAAAAUCAUUUAUUGAUUUAAUUAAAAAUCUAUGUCCUCCAAAUCAAGGUUUCACAAUUAAUGGCACCCGUUAAAGAUUAUUGUAAAUAACAUCUACCAAAAUUAAACCAGGAAUUAAAUUCCACUUAUUUAAGUUUAUCUAAGUCUUAAGGAACUAUAUUGAGCCAUUACAUCACUUCCUGUUUCACUAGGGUAUAAAAAUGACGUAACACGCAUGCAAUAUCCCUUUGUCAUCCAACACCAUGAACAAAACAAAAGAACUGGCAGUUCAAAACAGACAGAUUGUUGUAGACCUUCAUAAAUAUGGUAAUGGCUACAAGAAGAUCCACAAACGAUUGAAUAUACCACUGAGCACUGUCAGGGCAAUUAUACAAUUUAAAAAAAGAUAUGGAACAGUUGAAAAACUCACGGGUAGAGGACACAUGCAUUUUGCCCCCCGGGAUAGGGAGGAAGAUGGUGUGGGAAGCAACAAAAUCCCCAAUAAUCACUGUGAAAGAAUUGCAGGCCUUGAUGGUGCUUUUUGAAACCUGGUGACCCCAAGACGCCACCUCCACAACCACAGGCUCUUUGGAAGGGUUGCCAAAAGAAAGCCCUUUCUGACCCCAAGACACAGACGCAAGCGCUUGGAGUUUGCCAAACGUCAUUUAAAUUAUGACUGGAAGAAGGUGCUCUGGUCAGAUGAGACCAAAAUUGAACGUUUUGGUCAGAUAUAGCAUCUGCAUGUUUGGCGUCAAAACAUACGAGGAGAGGCACCUCAUACCCACUGUGGCAUUUUGGCUGACAAUCUGGUUGCCUCUGCCAGAAGGCUGGGACUUGGCCGUAGGUGGACUUUCCAUCAAGACAAUGACCCAAAACAUACCUCAAGAUCCACACAGAAAUGGUUCUGUGACAACAAAAUCAUUGUUCUGCCAUGGCUAUCUCAGUCGCCGGACCUCAAUCCAAUCGAAAAUCUGUGGGCUGAGUUGAAGAGGGCAGUUGAUAAGCGCAAACCCAAGAAUGUGAAGGAUCUUGAAAGGAUCUGCAUAGAGGAAUGGUCCAAAAUCCCUCCAAACAUUACAGGAAAAGACUCCAUGCUGUUAUCCUUGCCAGAGGUGGUUGCACUAAGUACUAAAUGAGGAGUGCCAAUAAUUAUGAAACCUUGAGUUUGGUGACAUUUAUUUUGUAUUAAAUAAUUGUAUGAUUUUGGUUGGUUCCAUUGAAACAUUAAUAAAGUACAGUAUUUCUCACAUGUUGGUAUUUUGAGUUUUUCUGUAAUUAUAUUGUUUAUAUUUUUGAAAGUGUUGUUUGUCCAUUGCCAGGCAGGGGUGCCAGUAAUUUUGGAGCCCACUGUACAAUUUCCCUCGGAAAGAAUUCAGAACCCUUGACAUUUUCCACAUUUUGUUACUUUGCAGCCUUAUUCUAAAAUUGAUUAAAUCGUUUUUUUCCCCUCAUCAAUCUACACACAAUACCCCAUAAUGACAAAGCAAAAACAGGUUUUUAGAAAUGUUUGAUAAUUUAUUAAAAAUAAAAAAACGUAAAUAUUACACUUACAUAAGUAUUCAGACCCUUUACUCAGUACAUUGUUGAAGCACCUUUGCAGCUAUUACAGCAUCAAGUCUUCUUGGUAUGACGCUACAAGCUUGGCACACCUGUAUUUGGAGAGUUUGCCAAAGAGCUCAAUUUUGGUCUCAUUUGACCACAACACUUUCACCCAGUUCUCCUCUGAAUCGUUCAGAUGUUCAUUAGCAUUACCAUUAGCAUUAGCAAACUUCAGACGGGCCUGUAUAUGUGCUUUCUUGAGCAGGGGGACCUUGCGGGCACUGCAGGAUAACAGUCCUUCACGGCGUAGUGUGUUACCAAUUGUUUUCUUGGUGACUAUGGUCCCAGCUGCCUUGAGAUCAUUGACAAGAUCCUCCCGUGUAGUUCUGGGUUGAUUCCUCACCGUUCUCAUGAUCAUUGCAACUCCACGAGGUGAGAUUUUGCAUGGAGCCCUAGGCCGAGGGAGAUUGACAGUUCUUUUGUGUUUCUUCCAUUUGCGAAUAAUCGCACCAACUGUUGUCACCUUCUCACCAAGCUGCUUGGCGAUGGUCUUGUAGCCAAUUCCAGCCUUGUGUAGGUCUACAAUCUUGUCCCUGACAUCCUUGGAGAGCUCUUUGGUCUUGGCCAUGGUGGAGAGUUUGGAAUCUGAUUGAUUGAUUGCUUCUGUGGACAGGUGUCUUUUAUACAGGUAACAAGCUGUGAUUAGCAGCACUCCCUUUAAGAGUGUGCUCCUAAUCUCAACUCGUUACCUGUAUAAAAGACACCUGGGAGCCAGAAAUCUUUCUGAUUGAGAGGGGGUCAAAUACUUAUUUCCCUCAUUAAAAUGCAAAUCAAUUUAUAACAUUUUUGACAUGCGUUUUUCUGGAUUUUUUUGUUGUUAUUCUGUCUCACUGUUCAAAUAAACCUACCAUUAAAAUUAUAGACUGAUCAUUUCUUUGUCGGUGGGCAAUGUACAAAAUCAGCAGGGGAUCAAAUACUUUUUUCCCUCACUAUGUAAAUCAUCUAUUUCAGUUUUUUAUUGUUAAUAAAUUUGCAAACACUUCUAAAAACCUGUUUUCGCUUUGUCAUUAUGGGGUAUUGUGUGUAGAUUGCUGAGGGGAAAAAAGUAUUUAAUCCAUUUUAGAAUAAGGCUGUAACGUAACAAAAUGUGGAGAAAAGUCAAGGGUUCUGAAUACUUUCCGGAGGCACUAUAUACACAAGGUCACUACCAGUAUCAUAUCAAUGUUCAGCGAUACAGUGGUAGUAUGUACAUGUAGGCAGGGGUAAAAGUGGGCAGCAGGAUAAAUAAAAUAAUAAUAAUGGUGGGGUCGUUCCACGAAAAGAGUGCCCUUUGAUAUUUUAAGUAGAAAUUAUUCACCAAUAUUGAAUGAAGUGCCCUUUAAUAUAGACCACAGGGAGAAUUCAAUCAAUUAGAUUAUUUAUGGAUAAAGUCUUGCUAAUGUACAAAAAUUCUGCAUUUUUACAUGUUCCUCUGUGCACCCUCUGUGACUUCUAGGAAGAUUUUAACCUACUUAACCCCAAAAUGUAUCCAGGUUUUCACCAUUUUGAAGUCCUAGUUAUUUUGUUGCUGUUAUUUCAUGUGAUUAGUGAUUCAUUUACAUCUGUCCCUCAUUUUUGAGCUGAACUCUCGUCUUAUUAUUGUGAAACUAUUCCUUUUUAAAUAUUUUCUUCAAAAGAAACAUUGAACAUCUAAUAGUCAAAUCAUAGUGUAAAAGCAGGUGGAGCUUGCAUUCAAUUGCCACUCCCUGUUGCACACAACAAGCUUCCAUUCCCCCUGUCACAAGUUUUUAAUUUCAUGGCUGAUUUAAGAUGAAAUCGUCAACCUUAUUACUGUCAACCCUGUAACUUUAUAAUAGGAACUUACUAUAGUAUUUUUUUUUUUAUUUAACCUCUUGAGAUGGGAAAACCUAGUUUUUUAUGACGUUGAACAUGUGCUCUUUAUGCAGAAUGUUUUAAUUAGGUGAAAUCAACAACAAGAAAAUGACCAAGUUACACUUCUCAAAAGGCACCGAAUUAGUGUAACGACCCAGUAAUAAUAAUAAUAGAAGCAGCAGCGUGUAAAUACUAUAGGUGAACGUGUGUGUGCAUGUGUGAUGGUGUGUGUCUACGUGUCAAACAGUCAUUUGACAUUUUUUAGCUUCUCACAACUUAAAGCAUGUUUCUGACAAGUCAUGGACUGUUGCCAUUUACAGUCAUUUGACUGUAUAUAUGUGAUGAUUUCCCAGGUGAGGCUGUUGGGAAGAGCAACAGCCUGGUCCCUGUGCCUUAUGAGUGGAUCCUGAAGGACCCCAGCUGUGUGGUGGCUCACGGCCUGCCUGAGGGGAUCACCCUGAGGAAACCUGCUGAGUAUAACACCAAGACCUUAAUGAAGAUCCUGGAGCAGAGCAACCGCAUCUACUUCACUGUCAAAAGGUGACCUGACUCCAUACAGUACUCCAUGACGUAGAAGUAUAGCAGCAUAAAUAGGAUUAAUCCAGGGCUGGUCUUGUUGUUGACACAUAGCUUUAUCUUCUCCUGUUUCCUUCUUCUUCAUCAUCUGUUUAUAGAGGAACAGAGGAGCCCUUGCGCGAGGCUAAGUCCAGUGCCGGCAACGUCAGCAACCACAACUCCUCCUCGGGCACCACCAAGAUUCUAGCCAACCACGGCCCAGCCUCCAAGCCUUCCGCCAUCGCCCAGGAAGCGCCCACUGCGUCAGUCUCGGCCAGCAACUCCAUGCUCUCCAGCUUCCUGUAUGCCAUGCCCAUGUCCUCCCAGCCGCACCCCGACGGCAAGCUGGACCUCAAGCCCACGACCCUCCUCAACCUGGACAAAGACCGGCUGGGGGCCUGGGUGGCAGGGGCGGAGAAAGGGACUGCCGCCAAGGACAGUUCUGACAAUGGUAAGAGAUAUAACGUGACCCCACAGGAAGAAGCUGUUGCUGAGGUAGCAGAUUAUGGAAAUCCAGGUAACUUUUUUUUUUCACCUUUAUUUAACCAGGUAAGCCAGUUGAGAACAAGUUCUCAAUUACAACUGCGACCUGGCAAACCCUUCACCUUUUUGAGUCACCAUUCAUUUUCUGUGUCUGUGAUUUAAUGAAUGGUGCAGGGGAGUAGUUACUAUUCUCCCUGUCAUUUUUGUGAGUGGUUCUACUACUGGCUGUCAUUUCACAUAACUUAUUUGCUCGAGAAUCACUUUUGAUUAUGGGGAUUUUCAUUUUUCAAGAUUUGCUUGACCUUGAAAGCAUGCUUUAAGGCUUUAAAUAGGCUUUAAAAUAGGCCUUUAAUGCUACCCUUGUCAGUAUGUUUAUCAAUGUUUAAUUUCUGGCGGAUAGGACUCCAAGGGGAGUUGGGCCAGAGCCCUCCCAGCAUCCACGUCUCCAAGCGCCUCCUGUUUUCCAUCGUACAUGAGAAGUCAGGUAGGCUUGAACUGGAACUGUACACAGACAGACACACCUGUAAGCCACAUACUCAUACCCUUUUCUCACUAUCGUGUUGACCCAACCCGUUUGUGCUGGCGCCGAUAUUUUCCAUUCACAUUGUUCAUGGUUGCAGCGACUAUGGUGGAUGUGUAACAGGUACAGCUUGGCUCAGUUUGACUCGGCUCAGUAGUGUGGAAAAUGGUCAGAGUCUUUAGGCAGCACACCCCACCCCACCCCCCUGCCAGACAAUGCAUAUACUCCACAUCUGGGUAUAGACAAUAUCUCAAAUGUGGACUCAGUCUUAGAGAAUGACUUGUUGGCUCACUUAAUGGCUCUUUUUUUCAUGUGAAUCCCACAAUGCAGUUAAUUAAAGGGGAGGGGGAGGGGAAUGUCAACAAGCAUAUCAAUCAACCAAUGGAUUUUCCCUCACGCUAUAGACUCCUCUCCUUUGAGUUGUAUGACAUGAUUGAGAAAUUAAUAUUAUAAUUUUUUACUUUGAUUUCAUAUUAUUUUCAACAUUUGACAUAAUAUGUCCAAUUCUUACAUAUGUUAAACUCAAUUCCAUCAUGAAAUACAAAAGGUGUAGCCUAUUUUGUAGCAGAGUGAUAUGCUUGUUCACUGGGGCAAAUUUAGUCAGUCUGAGUGAGCAGGCUCAAGGUCCUCUGUAGCUCAACUGGUAGAGCACGGCGCUUGUAACGCCAGGGUAGUGUGAUCGAUCCCCGGGACCACCCAUACACAAAAAUGUAUGCACGCAUGACUGUAAGUCGCUUUGGAUAAAAGCGUCUGCUAAAUGGCAUAUUAUUAUUAUUAUUAUUAAGGCCAGGACACCUGAGCUCCCCACAUCUGGUGCCGGUGAAAGAACCCCAUGAGAUAUUCAGUCACUACAAAGAGUCAAGACCUUGGUUUUAGCAUCAUAACCCCUUAGCCUGAUUACCUGACUGCAUCUAAUUCAAUAACACUUUGUUGUGGUGCUGUAAUAAAAGGUUAUUGUUUGCUUUUGAAAGCACUCAACGUUUCUGCUAAAACUGAACUUUUCUCUUGUCAAACUGCGACUCAGUGAUAUGGCAUUGCCACGAGAUAUUGCAGAUUAGAGCGAAGCAAGACUGUGCACUCACACAGAGUAUCUGCACAUGUGCACAGGUAUGCUUCACGCUGCGGGAACAUAAUAGCUGCCGGACCAAAACAGUAAAUUCUUGGGUGGGCCGUCUAAGGCAAUACAGUGUAUUUUUAUAAAUAAAUUUUGGGGUUGGUAAAACGCAUUCAGUGUUAACUUAAAGGGAUACUUCCGCAUUUUGGCAAUGAGGCCCUUUAUCUACUUCACGAGAGUCAGAUGAACUCAUGGAUCAAAAAAUUAUCUAUCUGCGUGCAUUUGAAGAAAGUUGCUAACCAGCGCAAGCGCAAUUGCUAACUAGCGUUAGCGCAAUGACUGGAAGUCUAUGGCUAUGUGCUAGCACUUUGGAUAAAAGCGUCUGCUAAAUGGCAUAUAUUAUAAACUCAUUUUUAAAAAAACGUCCCUUUUUCAGGACCCUGUCUUUCAAAGAUAAUUCAUAGAAAUCCAAAUAACUUCACAGAUGUUCAUUGUAAAGGGUUUAAACACUGUUUCCCAUGCUUGUUCAAUGAACCAUAAACAAUUAAUGAACAUGCACCUGUGGAACGGUCAUUAAGACACUAACAGCUUACAGACGGUAGGCAAUUAAGGUCACAGUUAUGAAAACUUAGGACACUAAAGAGGCCUUUCUACUGACUCUGAAAAACACCAAAAGAAAGAUGCCCCUGCUCAUCUACGUGAACGUGCUUUAGGCAUGCUGCAAGGAGGCAUGAGGACUGCAGAUGUUGCCAGGGCAAUAAAUUGCAAUGUCCGUACUGUGAGACGCCUAAGACAGCGCUACAGGGAGACAGGACGGACAGCUAAUCGUCCUCGCAGUGGCAGACUAUGUGUAACAACACCUGCACAGGAUCGGUACAUCUGAACAUCACACCUGCGGGACAGGUACAGGAUGGCAACAACAACUGCCCGAGUUACACCAGGAACGCACAAUCUCUCCAUCAGUGCUCAGACAGUCCGCAAUAGGCUGAGAGAGGCUGGACUGAGGGCUUGUAGGCCUGUUGUAAGGCAGGUCCUCACCAGACAUCACCGGUAACAACGUCGCCUAUGGGCACAAACCCACCGUCGCUGGACCAGACAGGACUUGCAAAAAGUGCUCUUCACUGACGAGUCGCAGUUUUGUCUCACCAAGGGUGAUGGUCGGAUUCGCAUUUAUCGUCAAAGGAAUGAGCGUUACACCGAGGCCUGUACUCUAGAGCGGGAUCGAUUUGGAGGUGGAGGGUCCGUCAUGGUCUGGGGCGGUGUGUCACAGCAUCAUCGGACUGAGCUUGUUGUCAUUGCAGGCAAUCUCAACGCUGUGCGUUACAGGGAAGACAUCCUCCUCCCUCAUGUGGUACCCUUCCUGCAGGUUCAUCCUGACAUGACCCUCCAGCAUGACAAUGCCACCAGCCGUACUGCUCGUUCUGUGCGUGAUUUCCUGCAAGACAGGAAUGUCAGUGUUCUGCCAUGGCCAGCGAAGAGCCUGGAUCUCAAUCCCAUUGAGCACGUCUGGGACCUGUUGGAUCGGAGGGUGAGGGCUAGGGCCAUUCCCCCCAGAAAUGUCCGGGAACUUGCAGGUGCAUUGGUGAAAGAGUGGGGCAACAUCUCACAGCAAGAACUGGCAAAUGUGGUGCAGUCCAUGAGGAGGAGAUGCACUGCAGUACUUAAUGCAGCUGGUGGCCACACCAGAUACUGACUGUUAGUUUUGAUUUUCACCCCCCCCCCCCCCCCCCCUUUGUUCAGGGACACAUUAUUUGAUUUCUGUUAGUCACAUGUCUGUGGAACUUGUUCAGUUUAUUUCUCAGUUGUUGAAUCUUGUUCAUACAAAUAUUUACACAUGUUAAGUUUGCUGAAAAUAACGCAGUUGACAGUGAGAGGAAAUAGUAUCCAUGAGUUAAUCUGACACAGGGGAAGUAGAUAAAGGGCCUCGUUGCCAAAAUCCUGAAGUAUCCCUUUAAACAACUGAAACCAGAUAGAAAGUAUGUAGAAAAGAUAAUGGACCAAUACAUUUUUAUAUAAUGUAAUCUUUGAGAACUAACAAUCACCAAAAUAAAAGCUAAACAGUCGGAGAGAAUCGAAAAUCCCAAAACUAUUCAUUAGGAGUAUGACGCCCCUUAGACCUCGGUGAAGACCGAAUUCAGCCCCGCGCCACGCUCAUGGGCCAAUCACGCCCAGUGCCAUGCCCCCUGCCAUGCCCACCAGGGUUGGGGUUAAUUCCACAAAUUAUAUUCUAAUUCAAUUCCUUCUCCCUGUAAAUCCCAUUCCAAAGUUUAGGUCAAAUUCAAUUCCCAAUUCAAUAUUAUCCCCAACAAUUCCACAAAUUCAAAUUCAAUUCCAUCAGGCUGAUCAUGUAACUGUUCAGACAGCCUAUCUAUAAUGGAAAUAUAGGAAUACAAGUUAAAAUGAUCUAAAACAAAUCCUGUAGUCAAUUGUUGAUACUAUGUGCAUUAUUUCCAUUUACUGGGAAAUAUACAAAUAUUGAUUUCCAAUUCAAUUUCAAUGAUUACAUUUUUUUACCAUUCAAAUAGAAUUCCAAUUCAAUUCCAUAACUUGAAAAUUGUUGAAAUAUGAAUCGAUUUUCACGUAAAUUCUCCACUUCAUGAUUGAAUUCAAGAAUUGAAUAGGAAUUUCAAAUUGAUUUGGAAUUGACCCCAACCUUGAUGCCCACCACCUAAGCCCCUUUUUGAUUUAGAAAAAAACCCUGCUAGUAUACGUGGAAAGUAGACAUACAGAUUGAAGAACUUUCUUUUUUCCAUUCUCCUUUUCUUCACCCAUUUUUUUAUGUUUACGUUAUUCUCUUUUGCGCUCAACAGAAAAAUGGGACUCGUUCAUUCGAGAGACUGAGGACAUCAACACGCUGAGAGAAUGUGUACAGAUCCUGUUCAACAGUCGUUAUGGUGAGAUGGUCAACCACUAUUUCUCAGCAUGGUUUCCUAUUGUAGGGCAUUAGCAGUUAAACCCUUUUAGGGUUUUAACAACUUUCCGUUUUCCCGGACCCAUAUUAAGGUUAGCCCUAGUCCAAAAAGCAUUUUCAAUGGAGAUUCUCUGGGAAAACAUCCCUUAUACAAUUUAGAAAAAAUGUUUUACUAUAGAAUGAUUGUGUUUAGUCAGUUUCCAGCUGUCAUUACUGCUUAUAAAUCCAUCCAUACAUUAUACAAUUAUACCCUUAUUAAGACAGCAUUGUAGGGCCCUCAUGAUUGAAGUCCAUCAAUGAUUUCUGACAACCUCCUUAUUUUCAGCGGAGGCCCUGGGCUUGGACCACAUGGUUCCAGUGCCGUACCGGAAGAUAGCCUGCGACCCAGAGGCCGUGGAGAUCAUUGGCAUCCCAGACAAAAUCCCCUUCAAGAGGCCCUGUACCUACGGAGUACCCAAACUCAAAUGCAUCCUGGAGGAGCGCCACGGGGUCCGCUUUCUAGUCAAAAGGUAAACACUGAUCUGAGAUCAGUCUGGGAAAAGCUGUCAUUUUUCUCUCUCAUUCUUCCCUCCAAAAAUAUGAGAUUGCACUGUAGUGUAUAGUGCACCCAUAUAAGGGCUGCAUAAUACAUCAUACCAGGGUUGUGUUCAUUAGUCUCCGAAUGUUUUUUUUUUUUUUUUACUGAAACAGGGAAGAACUACAACUAAUGCAGUUGUCCAAUAAGAAACAUGCCCAAAUGAAAACAAUCCUGUUUGAUGAGGACCACUGUUUAAUGAGCUACAAGAGCAUGCACAGCAUCUCAUCUAUCUAUAAUUUCCUAUUUAGAAAACUGAAUCAAUGAUGGGAGAAGUGUCAGCCCCGGCCAUCUGUCGGUUAAAUACCCUGCCCUCCUCCAAUAGACAAUGCCCCACUGACUGGUAACCACCACAGCACACCACACAGCAUGGUGCCUCCUGCUCUCUGGCGUAUUGAGCCAACGUCUUGCAGUCAUUCAACCCAUUUGAUGAAAUAAAUGUAGAUUGUGCGACAUGCGAUGGGCAUGUCAUUAAUGUUAAUACAAUUAGAGCAGAUUGAAGCUUAUAUUUUUAUCCAAGAGUUAUACACUCCUGACGUUGUUUUUGAUAUUGUUGUUUAUUCAAGAUGGCCCAGAUAUGAACUCUGCAGACCGUGCAGAGAUGUCUGUUUAAUCUCUUGAGAUGUUGUCUGUUCAGUUCCGUUGUUGACAUGUGCACUGUUGUUCACCAACAGUUUACUACAGGGGGCCCUCGCUACUUGACUGUUAUCAAUGACCAAUAAUCACAUUUAUUAACAAUAACAACCCUCUGUUCUCAUUCCAGAAUGUUUGACGAAAGGAUUUUCACAGGUAAUAAUGAGUAUUUUUACUGAGUAUACCGAGUAUUUUUUCAUCUUGCAUUGUUGAUUUCUAAAGAAGCCCUUAGCAUGCCUUUUAGCAAUGCCAUGUCCUUAUUUUUCUUCUGAUACCAUGGAUGUUUAGCUGUAAUAGCUUGCAGUGCAUCAUGGCUAAUCUGAUUGAUUGAUCUGAUUGAUUCUGUUAUGUUGUGUCACAAAGCGGCUGGUAAGGUGGCCAAGGAGGAGGGGAAGCACGACAUUAACUCCACCUUUGAGGACGGUUUCCCUGACAGCCUCCGCAUCCCGUCGGCUGCACUGGAGCUGGUCACCAAUCCUCACAGCAGCAGGUCUGUACGCAAAUCCUAGGACUGAGUCAGUAAUGUAGAGGGUGUAGUGACGCAAGAUGUUAUUUGAAAUCAUCCGACAAAAUCUGUUCCCGCAGUGGUCUAAGGCACUGCAUCGCAGUGCUAGCUGUGCCACUAGAGAUCCUGGUUCGAGUCCAGGCUCUGUUGCAGCCGGCCGCGACCGGGAGACCCAUGGGGAGGCGCACAAUUGGCCCAGCGUCGUCCGGGUUAGGGAAGGGUUUGGCCGGCAGGGAUGUUCUUGUCCCAUCGCGCACUAGGGACUCCUGUGGCGGGCCGGGCGCAGUGCACGCUGACACGGUCGCCAGGUGUACGAUGUUUCCUCUGACACAUUGGUGCGGCUGGCUUCCGUGUUAAGCGGGCAUUGUGUCAAGAAGCAGUGCGGCUCGGUUGGGUUGUGUUUCGGAGGACGCAUGGCUCUCGACCUUCGCCUCUCCCGUGUCCGUACGGGAGUUGCAGCGAUGGGACAAAACUGUAACUACCAAUUGGAUACCACGAAAUUGGGGAGAAAAGGGGUAAAAUAAAUAAAUAUAGAAAAAUAACAAAAAUAUAGAAAGAAGCUGUUCCGCAGCUGAUUUAGCCAAUCUGCAUCCAGAGCAAUAACAGACAAUUAGAUCAGAAGACAAUACAAACAAACUAUUCAACCCGUUUUGAUAUAUUGAUAGAUCCAUUCAGUAAAUGCUACAUGUCUAUCACUUGGUAAUAGAAGGACAUAACCUGACACACCACAAUUUAUGUAUGCCAAUUCAUUUAUGUCAUAAUUUGAAAUUGUGCAUUCAAAAGAUUUGUUUUCCUUUUCAGAUCCACAAGCUCUUGUGUGAGUCUAUUGGCUGAAUGUGAAGCAGGUUAGUGACAAGGCAAUGCUAUAGCUUGCUAUAGUAAUACUUUCAUGCAAACCCAAGACGUGAACUCUGAGGUUAGCACACCUUUUUACAGUAGUCGAACCUCAAGAAAAAGUUUAAUGUUCCAUAUCCACUCUUUAACCGCCCCUUGGGAUUCGCAAAUUAACAACUUAAGCCAUCUGAUACGGAACAUACCUACUUAAAGCAUUUGAAACGCAUCUAUAAAAAUCCAAUGUCACACCUUCUGGGGGGAAGAUCUGGCUUUGUCCCAAAUGGAACCCUAUUCCCUAUAUAGUGCACUACUUUUGACCAGAGCCCUAUGGGCCCUGGUCAAAAGUAAUGCACUAUAUAGGGUGCCAUUGGGAGGCAGCACUGCUAUAUGAACUGUUUUUACUCUUACUCUUUAAGGGCCUUCAGGAGAUUGUAUUCCCUUGAAAAAGAUUAAAACGGAGCCCCCAGAUGGGGAAAUCAUCCAGGUGACUGUACCAGGUAAGUGGUGCGCCUCCAUCAUUAUAGUACUUUUGAAAUAGCUUUAGCUGUUAAACCAGAUAGCAUCUGGGGAGCGGCGAGUCAAUAUAGCAGAGAAAUAUAUAAAAGGCGGUCUUAGAAAAUGUUUUUCAUGUUUUAAGAGGCAAUAGAGUAGCAACGUGCAUGCCCCACCCACCUGAGAAUCUGUCUUUUUCAUCUAUCUAUUUCCUGUGUUUGAGGGGUGCAAAAUCACUUAAAUAUCGCUGGAUUGAUUGCGUUCAUUUUACUCCUGCGACUCUUUCAUACUCUUGCUUGUGCCUGUCGUUUUUUCCCCAUUACCAGUGUUAAUUCUUUGUGGAAUUGAUUUUUUUUAAAAUUAAUACAGUUGAAAUGUUUACAAAUUAGAUGCGCAGAUAUGAAAGCAACUUCCGAAAAUGAACAAUCGGAUUAUAGUGAUAUUAUGUCUGAUCUAGCAAACAAUGGAAAGUAUAUAUAGAUAGAUGCAAUCUAGAGCCAAGCGUGUUGAUUUCUUUAUCCAAGGGUGUCCUGUUAUUGACACACUUGUUGAAUUAUGCAAGAGAACGGGACAACAACAGUAAUAAGUUAGUCUAGACAGCGGAGGUGAGUGCAGAUAGGGUAGACAGAACAAGUUAUGGGUGGUUGAAGCCCUGUUCCACCCCUUUAUGUUAAUGUAUUCAUGUCGGCAAAUACACCCAGUGUGUUUAUGCAAAGGAGACACAUAUAAUUGUAUUUGUUUUAACACAAAAUAUAAAAACAAUACCUGAUACCAUUCGAAAAUGUGCACGAGUGCAUUCUAAGGAGAGAAAAAAGUGGCAUUUGAAAAUAAAUUGAAUACCUGAACUCCACCAGUAAAAUGUUUUAUGCACUAUAAUUCAGUCAAUAUCUCAAAGUUUGUCCAACUGUUGCAUUUAUUAUAAUUGUUUUUAAAACCUUUUAACAAUUUUGAUGACCGUUGCUAAAUAGAGGCUGUGUGUUAAGAGGAAUCCAAUACCGCUGGAUUUGACUGUGUGUGUGGGUGGUAGGAGGUGGAAGAGGAGAGUUAUUCCACACCUGUUUCAUUCACUCUGUCCUGAUCCACGUCUAUGUUCCCAUACCAUAUUUUGUGCCAUGCCCCUGUAGUGAUCCUGACAAGUUAUUUCCUCUUUACAAUGACCUCUAAUAGUUACCCAUGCCUUGUGGGGCUGUUCCCCUUACCGUGCUUAUACUUGCAUGACAAUGAAAGCAGUGGAGUUGGCAAGAGCACAAACAGAUCUGGGACCAGGCUAGUACUGUCUCUCCUCUCUCACGUGACUGUCCUGAUACCCAGUACCCUAACCCUGUGCUGUCUGUCCCUAAGAUACCCAGUACCCUAACACUGUGCCGUCUGUCCCUAAGAUACAGUACCAGUACCCUAACACUGUGCUGUCUGUCCCUAAGUUACCCAGUACCCUAACACUGUGCUGUCUGUCCCUAAGAUGCCCAGUACCCUAACACUGUGCCGUCUGUCCCUAAGAUACAGUACCAGUACCCUAACACUGUGCUGUCUGUCCCUAAGUUACCCAGUACCCUAACCCUGUGCUGUCUGUCCCUAAGUUACCCAGUACCCUAACCCUGUGCUGUCUGUCCCUAAGAUGCCCAGUACCCUAACACUGUGCUGUCUGUCCCUAAGUCACCCAGUACCCUAACACUGUGCCGUCUGUCUUCAAUGAGUACCCUAACUCUGUGCCGUCUCUCCUCCCCCAGAUGCCAGUGUUUCAGUGGAGGAGCGGAGUGAGCCUCAGGCUGACCCGGCUGCAGCAGCAGUGUUGGCGGUGGCCACCCUGGCGCAGGCUGCUCCCCACCGCCCCUUGGAGACCCACGCAGGUAACUGCAGCCUCGCCUUCCUUCUCCACCUCACGGCUGCACCAGGACAGCCCAGACCCGGCGCCACUGGGCCCACCACCGCCAACACGCUCUCUCCCUCUGUUCAGGAGCUAGAUUACCAGCACACGUAUGAAACCACUUUUCACAGAUACUCCCCACUCCCUGCCUCCUUUCCCCCCUCUCACACUUCGUACUCCACCCGGAGUCAUUAGUACCCAGUAUCAUCCCUUAAACCCCACCACCCACCCACUUACUCUCUGCCAAACCUGUAACACACUAAGUAAUAGGCCGCUUGCUCUGGACACACACUGUCCAUCAGUUUUUUAUUUAUUAUUUUUUCCCAUUUUUUAUGGUAUGGAUGAAUUUGGCUUUCAUCAUUGGAAAUUCGUCUUUAAGAAUGUGUCGUUUUGAUUUUAGAAUCUGAUGGAUUUCCUGUAUUUGAGCUGGUGUCCAUAAGAAAUACCUCAGAUUAAACACAGUUUUCACAGUCAAGCCUGUUUUCCCACAAAACAUACUCAAAGAAAGAUUGGUCACAAUCAAAUCUAUUUACUUCAUCUCAAACAAUUGGGAUUGGAACAAAUGACACCAUUUUGCAAACAUCCAGAGCGGUUUCAGUUUUCUAAUAUAAUAACACUGCAAUAGAAAACCUCUAUUUAUAAAAAAUAUAUAUUUGAGAAUUUACCAAAACAGGGUUUAUUUUGUCCAGUUUGUGAGUUUCACUAAAGCUAUAUGUUUUUCAUUUGGACUCUGUCUCAGGUUUGACGGUACAGUUCAUGCACCGUACACACCUUCUCGUCUCAACCCCAACCAACAGCCCCUGCAGCCCAACCCCCUACCCUAGUCACCCACGCCCUAGGCCUAAACAUCCAUCCCCAAGCCCUGAUUGUAGUAUAGUAGCACAAGUUAACUAAGAACACUUGAGUACACUACAUUCUCUUUUUGAACCUCAAUUCUAAGUUGUGCUAUAGAUGUGGAGCUAUACUAGCCUGAGUACCAGUCUGUUUGUGCUAUCAUGUCAACUCCUUGUCACUCAUUGACAUGUUUGGCGCAAUAUUUGAAGAUUUGUAGAGAAGAGGAAAGAAAAGGAAUUGUACUCAAGUGUCCACGCUAACCUCGUGUCUAGAUCCUUAGACAUUUUGUUUGUUUUAUUUGGUUGCUUUGAUUUUAUGUUAAAGUUUUCUUUUCCGUCGAUGAUCAUGAAGGAAAUCAACAUGGGUAAGUGCAGAAAAAUAUACACUAGAUUUCAGUGUUUAUUUAAAUAUCAUGCUAUUUUUUCUACAGCAUAUUACCAGAUAUGUAACAAACAAAUUAUGUACAACAUUAUCUUUGCCCUAUGAUCAAUGGUGAGACACAAUGUCAGGGACACAAUCACAAAGUGGCAUAGGUGGUGGGCGUGGCAGGGGGUGCGGUCAGCCCGUCGGCACGGCUGAAUUUUAGAGAACAUUUUAGAGGUUCCCAUCUUGGCAGUAUAGAGAAACUUUUGCAUUUUUAAGUCAAUUUCCUGCAAUUUUACAAAUUGAGUUGAGAGAAAAUGUUGCAGUUUUAAAGCUAAUUUCCUGCAAUUCUAUGCAUUUUGCCAUGGCUAAUGCUGUAUUAUUUUGCUCAAACAUAAUAACAAAAUCUAUACUGCUAAAUUCCUUGUUUUUAAAAUUUUCUCCCUGACUGUCUAGCUUUAUUUUGGUGAUUAGUUCUCAAAGAUGAUCUUUUCUACAUAUGUUAUGUCAGGUUUUAGUCGUUUUAGUUUAAGUGAAUUUAUAUUUAAAAAAAAAAAAUAUAUAUAUAUAUAUAUAUAUAUAUAUAUAUAUAUAUAUAUAUAUACUCACAGUGCCUUCGGAAAGUAUUCAGACCUUUUGACUUUUUACACAUUUUGUUACGUUACAGGCUUGUUCUAUAAUUUUUUUUAUUUUAUUUUAUUUUUUUUUCUCAGCAAUCUACACACAAUACCCCAUAAUGACAAAGCACAAACAGGUUUUUAGAUAUGUUUGCAAAUGUAUUAAAAAUAAAAAACAGAAAUACCAUAUUUACAUAAGUAUUCAGACCCUUUGCUAUUUGUAUUUGUAUUUAUUAUGGUUCCCCAUUACCUGCUGCCAAGGCAGCAGCUACUCUUCCUGGGGUCCAACAAAAUUAAGGCAGUUCAUACAAUUUUAAAAACAUUCAAUACAAUCACAGAUUUCACAACACACUGUUUGCCCUCAGGCCCCUACUCCACCACUACCACAUAUCUACAGUACAAAAUCCAUGUGUACGUGUGUGUAUAGUGCGUAUGUUAUCCUGUGUGUGUAUGCAUGUGUCUGCGCCUAUGUUCGUGUUGCUAUGAGACUAGGAAUGGAGCUCCGGUGCAUCCUGUUUCCAUUGAUCAUCCUUGAGAUGUUUCUACAACUUGAUUGGAGUCCACCUGUGGUAAAUUCAAUUGAUUCGACAUGAUUUGGAAAGGCACACACCUGUCUAUAUAAGGUCCCACAGUUGACAGUGCAUGUCAGAGCAAAAACCAAUCCAUGGUCGAAGGAAUUGUCCGUAGAGCUCCGAGACAGGGUUGUGUAGAGGCACAGAUCUGGGGAAGGGUACCAAAAACAUUUCUGCAGCAUUGAAGGUCCCCAAGAAAACAGAAGCCUCCAUCAUUCUUAAAUGGAAAAAGUUCAGAACCACCAACACUGGCCGCCCAGACAAACAGGAGAUGGGAGAACCUUCCAGAAGGACAACCAUCUCUGCAGCACUCCACCAAUAAGGCCUUCAUGGUAGAUUGGCCAGACGGAAGCCUCUCCUCAGUAAAAAGGCACAUGACAGCCCGCUUGGAGUUUGCCAAAAGGCACCAAAAGACUCUCAGACCAUGAGAAACAAGAUUCUCUGGUCUGAUUAAACCAAGAUUGAACUCUUUGGCCUGAAUGCCAAACGUCACGUCUGGAGGAAACCUGGCACCAUCCCUACGGUGAAGCAUGGUGGUGGCAACAUCAUGCUGUGGGGAUGUUUUUCAGCGGCAGGGACUGGGAGACUAGUCAAGAUCGAGGCAAAGAUGAACAGAGCAAAGUACAGAGAGAUCCUUGAUGAAAACCUGCUCCAGAGCACUGAGGACCUCCGACUGGGGCGAUGGUUCACCUUCCAACAGGACAACGACCCUAAGCACACUGCCAAGACAAUGCAGGAGUGGCUUCGGGACAUGUCUCUGAAUGUUCUUGAGUGGCCCAGCCAGAGCCCGGACUUGAACCCGAUCGAACAUCUCGGGAGAGACCUGAAAAUAGCUGUGCAGCGACGCUCCCCAUCCAACCUGACUUGAGAAGAUCUCCAUAGAAAAAUGGGAGAAACUCCCCAAAUACAGGUGUGCCAAGCUUGUAGCGUCAUACCCAAGAAUACUCGAAGCUGUAAUCACUGCCAAAGGUGCUUCAACAAAGUACUUAGUAAAGAUCUGAAUUAUUAUGUAAAUGUGAUAUUUCCGUAUUUUUAUUUAUUAUUUUGCUAAAAUUUCUAAAAACCUGUUUUUGCUUUGUCAUUAUGGGGUAUUGUGUGUAGAUUGAUGGGGGGGGGACAACCAUACAUUUUAGAAUAAGGCUGUAAUGUAUGUAAGCAACAUUUACGUUUGUCGGUAGCCUGCAAAAGUGUUUUUACUUUUUAUUUAAUACAUCCUCCUGGUUUGAUAUUGCCAGUUUGGUUGACCGGUCAGGCUGUAUUUCUGAGGUUCAUAUCUUUGAGGUUCUACUGUUGUUUGAGCUUUGUCUUUUUUUUUAACAGUAUAUCUUGGCCUGACAAAACAGUAGCCUGAGCCAUAAGUACUUAUGUGAAACCUUUUAAACGUGCCAACCCUGCUCACCUCUUUGCCGUCUUCUUUUCAGCUGAAGCACUGUCAUCUAAACCAGCUUCGCUGGGCCUCAGAAGAUCUUCUGAAGGUAAUGUAGGAUGGACAACCUCUACCUAAGAUCUAUCAGCUGGAUGCACUGUAUGCUUACAAUUGACAAAGCCUAACAAAUCAAUUUCAAAUGAUUGAUUGUUAAAGGUGUAAUCUGUGAUUUUUACGUCAAUUUAAUUAAAUCAAUUAAAUUGAUUCUGGAUUAAUAUAGUUUAGUUAAACUGUUUUACCCCUUCAGGACAUUGUUGAUUCAGACUGCAGUUUUAAUGCAUUGGAAUCUGUUGUAACUUUUACAUGUAUCACAUUCUUCUUUAUUAAUCAUUCCAUUUUCUUCAGCUGUGAAUAAAACCCUAAUGAACAUUUCUCUUCAUUUGUGUUUUUUCGGAAAGGAAAUCUAGCUGAGGACAUAGGUGAAAUUAUCCUCCAGCUUCGGAGGCAAGUGGAAAGCCUAUUCAGCACUAAGUAUGGUAAGCUGCCUAAUACACUUACCUGCACGCUCAAUGUUCAGACUCUGGCCAAGCGAGAGCAACUGACUCAAGCAAUAAAUCAUAAAUUACAGACUUACUCAACCGUUUCUACGCAGCCUCAUCAUUUUCUAGCCUUGUUAAGGUGUCACAGAGAAAGCAAAUAUUCUCUUAAAAAUCUAUUUAACUAUCCUGGGAAUAAUUCCAGUUGGUGCUGUAUAUGAACUAAUAUACAUGGGUUCUAACUUGAACAAUUAUUUGUACAAUUUAUGUCAAAAUAAUAGUAGAUAUAAUUAUUUAUUUCAGCUUUUAUAUCUUUCAUCACAUUCCCAGUGGGUCAGAAGUUUACAUACACUCAAUUAGUAUUUGGUAGCAUUGCCUUUUGAUUGUUUAACUUGGGUCAAACGUUACGGGUAGCCUUCCACAAGCUUCCCACAAUAAGUUGGGUGAAUUUUGGCCCAUUCCUCCUGACAGAGCUGGUGUAACUGAGUCAGGUUUGUAGGCCUCCUUGCUCGCACACGCUUUUUCAGUUCUGCCCACAUAUUUUCUAUAGGAUUGAGGUCAGGGCUUUGUGAUGGCCACUCCAAUACCUUGACUUUGUUGGCCAUUUUGCCACAACUUUGGAAGUAUGCUUGGGGUCAUUGUCCAUUUGGAAGACCUAUUUGCGACCAAGCUUUAACUUCUUGACUGAUGUCUUGAGAUGUUGCUUCAAUAUAUCCACAUAAAUUUCCUUCCUCAUGAUGCCAUCUAUUUUGUGAAGUGCACCAGUCCUUCCUGCAGCCAAGCACCCCCACAGCAUGACGCUGCCACCCCCGUGCUUCACGGUUGGGAUGGUGUUCUUCGGCUUGCAAGCAGCCCCCUUUUUCCUCCAAGCAUAACGAUGGUCAUUAUGGCCAAACAGUUCUAUUUUUGUUUCAUCAGACCAGAGCAGAGCAUAUGAGCGGAGUGGAGUGGUGAGAAUCUCAGCUCCUCGCUCACGGAGCUGUUCACCCCUCCACUCCCCCGCUCAAAGCCACAUCAGGCCAGUCCGCUCAUUAUCGCUCAGCGCUCAACGCAGUUUGCAUCGCGCUCCACUCAAAUCGCCCCCCGCUCACUCCAAAAAAGGAACAAAAUCUGCAUGUAUUUCACUUUUAGCUUAAACCACAGCCUUACUUUAUCUCCCCGAAUUUGUUGCAUACAGACUCAUCUCGGAUUAUCCAUUCUGUCUUGAAACGGGGAUCUAACACUGACGCUAAAAUGAGAUGUUAAUCAGUAUAGUAUAUUCCAUAGCGAAUUGACACGUUGUUUGCCAAUGUUUCUGCAAAAGCAGCGAUGCCCAUUGGAAGUGCAGCAUGAGUGUAAUCGGUGAGCAGGGAUUUGAUUUCUGUGACAGCAGGGAGGAUCAUCCCCAUGUUCCCCAGCUCCUUCUGCAUUUUGUCUGUGAGGUCUGCUAGUGGUGUCAGCACACUGACAAGGUGCGUCAGCUGCCGUACUUGAUUCAGGGUGAUGUUAGCAACAUUAGACUUGAGUUUGUUUUUGCCAUAACGGGUCUUUUUGGAACAACCGGAUGAACGACUGAAUCAUCCGCAGCUGGCUGCUCCAUUGAAUGGCGCAGGCAUUUGUGGGGCGGACACCUAAUUGGUAGGUUUCCUCUGUGCUCUUGCGUACACUUUUCACCAGGUGCCCGACUUUCACUAACAGCCUAUUAAUGUUGUCGUGCUCGUUAACGGCGUUUUUGAUCGCCAGCUGAAGCAUGUGAAUGGGGCAUCUCAGAUGUAAAUUUGACAAAGUAAAGUACUGAUUUAUCAUAGUUUCUUGGGGGGGUGUAGCCCGGUUGAGCUGCGCUGGCGAAGUGUUGCAUCCCUUCGCGUUCUCCUUUACUCAGCGGUUCAUAGUCCAUGAAAAUCAUUUCAAAAAAUGCUACAUCCAGCUCUCUUUUUCUCUCCCUUGUUAUGGUUGGGCCUUUGCGUGCAGUGAAGAAACUUUUGAAUUCCUCAACCCUUUUCUCUUGGUGCUGCUGCUGCUCCUCUCGCUCUAUAAAAUACAAAUUCAUGGACGACACAAAUUAAAUUAAACAGAUGGAUUCUGGGUCAGGCUUGAGCAUGCUUCAGACUCGUGGUGUGAGCGAGCGAAAUUGGAGCGGGAUAUAGGGCGACGCUCCGUCCUUUUAAAAAUGCUGCUCUGCGCUCUGUUCAAAAUCCGUCCGCUCACGCUCCACGCUCGCUCCCGCUCCACUCCGCUCAUAUGCUCUGGACCAGAGGACAUUUCUCCAAAAAGUACGAUCUUUGGCCCCAUGUGCAGUUGCAAACCGUAGUCUGGCUUUUUUUUGGGCGGUUUUGGAGCAGUGGCUUCUUCCUUGCUGAGCGGCCUUUCAGGUUAUGUCAAUAUAGGACUCGUUUUAUUGUGGAUAUAGAUACAUCUCUAGGAGACAGAACGCAUCUCCUUCCUGAGCGGUAUGACGGCUGCGUGGUCCCAUGGGGUUUAUACUUGCGUACUAUUGUUUGUACAGAUGAACGUGGUACCUUCAGGCGUUUGGAAAUUGCUCCCAAGGAUGAACCAGACGUGGAGGUCUAGAAUUGUUUUUCUGAGAGGAGAAAUGGAGAACAAAAGAGGAAAGGUCCACACCCUCACUUGUGCGAUGUCAUGACUCACCUGGACCACCUAUUGAGAAGUGCCUUUUGUUAAGUAAGUCGGGUGUUUAAUGAGGUGACAAUGAGACUGGAGUGCCACUUUAAGUACAGAACAGCAAUAUCCUUUUGCAUAAUAUGAAUCACCCAUAUUCCUCUCCAUUUCCCAUCCCACUCUCUUUCUGUAGCCGAGGCCCUUGGACUACCUGAGUCUGCGAAGGUGCCCUACUCCAAGUUUCAGAUGUACCCAGACGAGCUGUGUGUCACAGGGCUACCGGAGGGCAUGACUUUCCGUAGGCCCAACUGUUUCGGAGCGGCCAAGCUGCGCAAGAUCCUGGCCGUUGGCAGCCAGAUCCAGUUUGUUAUCAAAAGGUCAGAGGUCAUACAUUGUCACAGGGGCAGGGUGCAUCCCAAUAAUAUCUCCUUUCUCCAGAUGUUUGCACUUGUUCACGUUCCUUCAUUGAUUUGAAAGGAGCUAUAUGGAAAACCUCUAGCCCAUGCCUACACCAAUCCAAUGCUUUUGUGGGGAGUAGUGAACAAGUGCACACUUCAAUAGGAUUAUUGGAACGCACCUAAGGUCUUGGUCGCAUUCCAGGCUGACUACAUUGCAGAUGUUGCAUUACAUCAACCAGUCGGGCAUCAGACUGCUAUAUCAUAUGAUGUGGUUAACUGAUAUGUAAAACACUUAUCCAGGCGUUGUGAGAUAUGGAAGGCGUCUGCAAUGUAGUCAGCCUGGAACACGAUCCUUGUUUGUAUAUUAUUAUUGUUGUAUAAAGAGGAUAUAGGUAAAACAUUGUAUACGUUGGUGCAGGAAUGAAGCACAAAGCAGCAUUUGUGUGCAAGUUUCUCUUUCUUUUUGUUGUGGUUUCCUAUCCAGGCCAGAACUGUUAACGGAUCAAGUCAAGCUAGAACCGCCUCCUCUCCCAUCCUGUGAUUCAGGUAAAUACAUCUUCAUCCUAAAUGCCAGCUGAUUUAAUGAUUGUAUCACAGUUGAUUGAACGAUUUAACAUUCAAAAACACAAAGUAAGUUUUCAAACUAGACUAAACAUCUCCACUGAACAUAAUGGCCAAUAUCUUAAUAGCUUCAAAUAAAUUCGAAUUUUGGUUCAAUGUCGAUUCAAAACUGAAUUGACUAAGUGUAAAUGGGCCCAGCCCUCUUAUAAUGUUUUCCACUGUGUCCUUUACCAUUAGGCCCUUUUAAAGCAACUAUUACCCUACAAAAUGUUGAGCCCAUAGAAUUAGAAUUAACUCUGUAAUUAAUUAGAAUGUGCUGGUAAUUCCACGUUUAAGUCAGUGGUUUGGAUCCAUAUUUCUCAGUGUGGCUUUUAAAUAGGUCUGGUGAACUGGCUAUAUUCACUGCAAGUUUAGACUUUUUUUCCACAGACCUGGACUCCAAAGAUGCUUUGACUGAAGAUGUAGGGGCUGCAUUGCAGAGACCAAGCUUCCCAGGUAAUAAGGAGACCAAAUACUUUUCAAUAUCGGUACAUUAAUUUGCCCUCUAUACUUUGCCCUCAAUACUUUGAGUAAUACAUAGUGGAGUUCCUACAGUGAGGGGAAAAAAGUAUUUGAUCCCCUGCUGAUUUUGUACGUUUGCCCACUGACAAAUAAAUGAUCAGUCUAUAAUUUUAAUGGUAGGUUUAUUUGAACAGUGAGAGACAGAAUAACAACAAAAAAAUCCAGAAAAACGCAUGUCAAAAAUGUUAUAAAUUGAUUUGCAUUUUAAUGAGGGAAAUAAGUAUUUGACCCCAUCUCAAUCAGAAAGAUUUCUGGCUCCCAGGUGUAUUUUAUACAUGUAACGAGCUGAGAUUAGGAGCACACUCUUAAGAGCUCUCCAAGGAUGUCAGGGACAAGAUUGUAGACCUACACAGGACUGGAAUGGGCUACAAGACCAUCGCCAAGCAGCUUGGUGAGAAGGUGACAACAGUUGGUGCGAUUAUUCGCAAAUGGAAGAAACACAAAAGAACUGUCAAUCUCCCUCGGCCUAGGGCUCCAUGCUAGAGCUCACCUCGUGGAGUUGCAAUGAUCAUGAGAACGGUGAGGAAUCAGCCCAGAACUACACAGGAGGAUCUUGUCAAUGAUCUCAAGGCAGCUGGGACCAUAGUCACCAAGAAAACAAUUGGUAACACACUACGCCGUGAAGGUGGAAACAUGGAGGUGGAAACAUUAUGCUUUGGGGGUGUUUUUCUGCUAAGGGGACAGGACAACUUCACCGCAUUAAAGGGACAAUGGACGGGGACAUAUACUGUCAAAUCAUGGGUGAGAACCUCCUUCCCUCAGCCAGGGCAUUGAAAAUGGGUCGUGGAUGGGUAUUCCAGCAUGACAAUGACCCAAAACACAUGGCCAAGGCAACAAAGAAGUGGCUCAAGAAGAAGCAGAUUAAGGUCCUGGAGUGGCCUAGCCAGUCUCCAGACCUUAAUCCCAUAGAACAUCUGUGGCGGGAGCUGAAGGUUUGAGUUGCCAAACAACAGCCUCGAAACCUUAAUGACUUGGAGAAGAUCUGCAAAGAGGAGUGGGACAAAAUCCCUCCUGAGAUGUGUGCAAACCUGGUGGCCAACUACAAGAAACGUCUGACCUCUGUGAUUGCCAACAAGGGUUUUGCCACCAAGUACUAAGUCAUGUUUUGCAGAGGGGUCAAAUACUUAUUUCCCUCAUUAAAAUGCAAAUCAAUUUAUAACAUUUUUGACAUGCGUUUUUCUGGAUUUUUUGUUGUUGUUAUUCUGUCUCUCACUGUUCAAAUAAACCUACCAUUAAAAUUAUAGACUGAUCAUGUCUUUGUCAGUGGGCAAACGUACAAAAUCAGCAGGGGAUCAAAUACUUUUUUCCCUCACUGUAUGGAGCCUGGUUAGGAUUGGUUUUUCCUCUUGCUUGUUCACUUUUUCUCUAAAAUGAGAAGUGCUAUUUAUAUGCUGCAAUUCAGCUUCAAGCUGCAAAGGUGUAUAUGAAAUAAAUUAAACAAAACUAAUCCAUUCAUCUGAUGUCGUCAUAUGGUUCUGUUGACAGAUAGCUUAGAGGCCAAGCUGUCUAGGAUCGACCUGGCCAACACCCUGAGAGAGCAGGUCCAGGACCUGUUCAACAGGAGGUAUGGGGAGGCACUUGGCAUCAAAUACCCCGUCCAAGUGCCUUACAAGAGGAUCAAGAGCAACCCGGGCUCGGUGAUCAUCGAGGGCCUGCCCCCUGGCAUCCCCUUCAGAAAACCCUGUACCUUUGGCUCGCAGAACCUGGAGAGGAUCCUGGCGGUUGCUGACAAGAUCUGCUUCACAAUCACCAGGUGGGUAGUUCUCCUUCACGUUUUCAUGGGGUUGUGGAAAUAAGGCAGGGAUGUUCUACCGGCCAUCGGGACAAACUAUUGCUACUCUUUUCUCCCUGGUAGUUGGUUGAUUGAUGUUAAGAUUCCAUCUUUGUUUGUCUCUUGUAGACCUUUCCAAGGACUCAUUCCUAAACCAGGUAACACUCCAUAUAUUUUAUGAAGCAGAUAUUCAAUUAAUAUUUCUGAAUUUUCAAUUAAAGUGCAUGAUUUGUUAGGAUAUGUCCUGUGUCAUCUGUGAACCCGUAGAUAGUGUAGUAGUAAUAAACACUGAGUGUACAAAGCAUUAGGGACCCAUUCCUAAUAUUGAGUUGCACCCCCUUUUGCUCUCAGAACAGCCUCAAUUCGUCGGGGCAUGCUGGCCCAUGAUGACUCCUAUGCUUCCCAUAGUUGUCAAGUUGGCUGGAUGUCCUUUGGGAGGCGGACCAUUCUUGAUACACAUAGGAAACUGUUGAGCGUGGAAAACCCAGCAGCGUUGCAGUUCUUGACACACUCAAACCGGUGCGCCUGGCACCUACUACCAUACCCCAUUCAAAGGCACUUAAAUAUUUUGUUUAGAGGCUUAAAAAUCCUUCUUUAACCUGUUUCCUCCCCUUCAUCUACAUUGAUUGAAGUGUAUUUAACAAGUGACAUCAAAAAGGGAUCAUAGCUUUCACCUGGUCAGUCUAUGUCAUGGAAAGAGCAGGUGUUCCUAAUGUUUUGUACACUCAGUUGUACAAUGACAUUACAUUUGUCUCCCCCUUAGCACCUCGUCGGAUCACUUUAUUGAAGAAGGCCUACGCCUCAAUAAGUGGUGAGCAUUCUAAUUGUGUUGCCUGUUCAUUUUGAUGCAGUAAGAACACUUGGUUGGAAACUGUCAUGCAGUAAAUGGGAGCAUGCAGAUACCCAGCGCAAGUAAAAACAAAGUAAACAGUGCACUUAUCAGAGUCAACUGCAUACAUGUAUUUAUUUUAUAUUCCCACCAAUUAUGUUUGACUCCUCUCCUCCUGAAAUGACAGAUGAGGAGGAGGUCAACCGCAUCGGUGAGAAAGUGAUCCUUCGCGAGCAAGUGAAAGAACUCUUCAACCAGAAAUAUGGUCAGUGUAUAUCCUUCAUUCAUACUGUAUGCUUUAUCUAUACAAGCCUUAGUGAAAAAAAUUAUCCUAACUUACACUUAAAUUGAAUAUUCACUAUAUCAAUGCAUGACUUAGUGAAAAUUCUACCUAAGUGGGAGUUAAGAUCCGCCCAAAACUGACUGAAAAGCUUAAUGUUCAGGUGACGCUUUGGGCCUGGACUGCUCUGUCCUGGUCCCAUACAAGCUGAUCCGUGCCAGUCCCGACUCUGUGGAGGUUAGUGGCCUUCCGGACGAUAUUCCCUUCCGAAAUCCCAACACUUACGACAUAGUCCGCCUAGAAAAAAUCCUUCAAGCCCGAGAUGAGAUCAACAUCAACAUCAAAAGCCAGCUACAGUGAGUGUUUGUGUCAUUGUGAUAAUUGUGUCAAUCUGGAGUUUGUGGAAAUAUCCCGGAUUGUGGAUACAAAGUCUAAAAUGUGAAAGGACAUGAAAGAACUGUACACGUUGAGAUUCUAGUAGAGAGACUCAAUCUUGGGCAAAGCCAGGCUCACCUCUGGUCAUUUACAGAACUGAAAUUCAACUUUAAUUAAUUUUCUUUUCUAUAGGCCUUUUGCAGAAAUAUGCACCCAAACAUGUAACACAGGUAAGGAUUGUUCUACGGUAGCCUAUUUAUUUUUUUAAAGCAAUGCAGUCUAUAAGGACACGUGCUUUAACAGUAUGUUCAAAACAGCUUUAUUGUUUUUGUGUUUUAAGAAAAGAGAGAAGUUUCUACCAAUCGACGCAAACGCAAAAGAGUCCUGGAGAGCAGCCGAGUGUCCUUACCCUCUGAGUCAGGGGUAUCAACCAAUCAGAUUCCAGUGAUGGUACGUGGUAAUAACAAAGCUGUUAUAUAACAGUUUAAGUGAUCAUUCUCAAUCAUGAUCAAAAAUACAUAACUGAAAAGCUCUGAUUUGAUACUUUGAUGCAGUUUACUUUAUAUUUAUAAAUGUAUAUUAUAUUUGUAGGUAUUAAAGACAUUUGUAAAAGGCACUAAUAAGGUUGUGUAAUUGAUGGACCGUAAUUUCCUUCUGCAGCAGCAUAACUAGUCUCCCUCAUGCGCUCUCUAAUGAUCCUUCUAUUGCUUUGUCUCGUUCUCCUUGUAGCAAUGGCCCAUGUACAUGGUGGACUACAGUGGAGUGAAUGUGCAAGUCCAUGGGAAGGUGAAAUACUAGAAAAGGAAAAAUAUGCUACAGGAUAGAAAUGAGAGGACUUUAUCAAAGCUGUACUUAUAACCACAUCUCCAAGUUUCAGUUUUGCCUGUGUGCUGUUGCUUAAAUACUCUUCUGACUGAAAAUAUAGGUUUGGAUGUGUGUUUUUGAAUGGUGGCGAUUGCUGAUAUUACAUGGCUUGGGUGGAAAGGUGAGGAGGAACUAUAGAAUCUGUGCACAAGUUGUUGCAGGAUGCUUUCUUUUCUUUUGUCUUCCCCCACAAGUACCGAUGGGGCUUUCUUGAUACACCGAUUUCAAAAGUGCUAAAAAAACAAACACUAUUCUAACCGACUGGGGUUAUGUUAUGGCACUAA